AAAUGAAUAUCGGUCAUACAUGGUGUUGGUUUAUGUCUAUAAAGCAGGAAGCCUUAUUCAAGCAAAAUGAGAUGAAUAUGCUGAAGCAGUAGCUGAAUUGCUGAAGUGAGGAUCUGUGCUUCUUGCUGAAGAUUAAUCCUCAACAAUUUGACCAUCGAUCAGCUACAGACUUUUAUCCAAAUGGAAGGACAAAUAAGUGAUUCAUUAAGUAAACAACAAUGUUUGAAGACAAAAUUAACCAACGAGCUUCAAAAUGUCCAACCUCCAGAAAUGUAUGCAUUCGAUAUGCAAUGCAUUUAUAGAGUACCACCAGUCAUUCGUGAAACUAAUCCCAAAGCUUACACACCUCAAAUUGUUUCAAUUGGCCCUUUACACAAAGCACGUGAUGCUGGAAAGGAAGACAUCAUUUUUGAGUCAAUGGAAGAGCUUAAAGUGAAGUAUCUCAAGGCAUUUCUAAAUCGAACCCAAAUACCUAUGGGAACCUUUGUUGUCACACUUCAAGCGUUGGAAGACAAAAUUCGAAGUUGUUAUGCAGUGCGUAUUAAAUAUAACAGCGAUGAUUUCUUAAAGAUGAUUCUCAUUGAUGGUUGCUUCAUAAUUGAGCUUUUUUUGAGACUCUAUAGAUACAACUAUUGGCGGGGAAAGGACCCUGUGUUGCUAAAAGACUGGAUGCGAAUGCAAAUUAAGAGCGACUUGAUACUACUAGAAAAUCAGCUUCCUUUCUUUGUUCUUAAACAACUUUACAACCUCGCUGGUAUGAAUCAGGAAUUUCCCUCCUUUCUUCAUAUUUCUUUCAACUGCUUGAAGCGUGUGGGAUGUGGAACAUGGUGCCCAACAGAGUCCCCAAAGCACUUCACCGAUCUUAUGAGAACUAGUAUAAUAUCAUCAUCAAAAUUUGUUCUUAGAAAAGAAGAAGAAUGCAAAGUAAUAAAACAUGUAUACAGUGCAGGCCAACUGCGGGAGGCAGGUCUUAAAUUCAAGGUCAGUCCAAAUGAAAAUGAAUGCUUACUUGACUUGACCUAUUCUAGUGACGGUGUGUUGACAAUGCCAAUCUUGAAUAUAGCUGACGAUUCAGAAGUGUUCUUCAGGAAUAUAGUGGCAUUUGAGGAAUGUCACCUUUCAGAUGAUACAAACAUCAUUACUCAAUACCGAAAGAUUCUAGAUUUUCUUAUCAACACUGAAAAAGAUGUGAAUGUACUAGUUGAUAAGAAAAUUAUUGUCAAUUGGAUGGGUGAUGCUAAUGCAGUGGCUACAAUGGUUAACAGUCUGGGCUCAAAUAUUGGGAUGCCACGUUUCAAUCCAGUGUAUUUCUCUCUCUGCAAUAGCUUAAAUGAUUUCUAUGAAAGUCCUUGCAACAAGUACAAGGCUAUCUUCAAACACGAUUACUUCAACACUCCUUGGAAAAUAGCAUCUACAGUUGCUGCAAUUGUGCUUCUUUUGCUCACAUUGAUUCAGACUAUAUGUUCAAUAAACUCACUGUUUUAAUUAAGGUAGCUGAGGAUUUGGGCCGUUAACAGGGAAGUGGAAGUCAAUUGGGGGAAGGAAACUUCUGUAAUGUGAUUUAGUACCUUGUUGCUUUUCUUUCAUCAAAUAAUUAAAAUUCUACUAUCCUUCUUAACAUUAAUUAUUUGUUGCAAUAUAACUUUUAUUUACUCUCUAUAUUGAUCUGUAUUAAUUUUGUAUACGCUUUAUAUAUAUAGCUACUUAUUAUUA